UACAACCUUGGAGAUAUUUCUUCUGAGAGACUUGAACUGUUGGAAUAUGACCACCAACAUCUAGAAAUGCACAGCUGCCAGAGUUGAAAUACAAACAGUGUUCAGAAAGAUAGCUACGUUAAUAUUUUUAGAAUCCAGGGCAAGAUAUGAUUUUUACUUCCCCUUUUAUAAUUCUUGCAGAUCUCAUCUGAGUACAACCCUCCUGUCCUCCUGUGUGCAUGGAAGAUAAGUUUGGCUUUCGGUGAGAAAGACUUUCCCUGCCCUCACCCAAAGGCCAAGUCCCCAUGCUUCUGUGGCUGCUGCUGCUGAUCCUGGCUCCUGGAAGAGAACAAUCAGGAUUAGCUCCAAAGGCUUUUCUCCUCCUCACUCCUUCAUGGACCACAAACUUCAAAGGAGAGAAAGUGACUCUCACAUGCUGGGAUUCCCAUUCUCCAGCCAAGGGGGACAUAUAUUGGUAUUAUAAUGACAAUUUUUGGAAAAAAGAAUCUGGAGAUCUCCAGAUAAAUAUGUCCGGAUAUUACAAAUGCAAGACCCAAAGAUCUUCCUUCAGUGACCCUGUGCAUGUGGAAUUUUUAUCUGAUUGGCUGAUCCUCCAAGCUUCCCACCCUGUCUUUGAAGGAGAUAAUAUAACUCUGAGAUGCCGGGGGAAGAAAGAAGCAGAUAUUAGGGAAAAGAUUUACUACAAAGAUGGAGAAAAACUUGUUGUUAGUUAUGACUCAGGCUCUGUCAGACUAAAUUCAAUCUCCAGGAUCAGUGGAAAAUAUCAUUGUACUGCUUCUGGGGGAGGUUUUUGGAGACGAUGGGAACAAACCUCAAAACCUCUAAGGAUCCAAGUGCAAGAGCUGUUUCCACCUCCUCUGCUGACAGCCAGCUCCUCCCAGCCCAUAGAGGGGAACCCAGUAACCCUGAAGUGUGAGACCUGGCUCCCUCCACAGAAGUCAUACAUUCAGCUUCAAUUCUGUUUCUUCAGAGAAGACAAAGUCCUGGGGUCAGGCUGGAGCAGCUCCCCAGAGCUUCAGAUCCCUGCCAUAUGGAGUGAAGACUCAAGGUCUUACUGGUGCCAGGCAGGGACAGUGACUCACAGUGUCAUGAAAAGAAGCUUGAAAUCCCAGAUACAUGUGCAGAGAGUCCCUGUAUCUGAUGUGAAUAUAGAAAUGCAGCCCCCUGGGGGGCAGCUGAUUGAAGGAGAAAAUCUGGUCCUUAUCUGCUCAGCAGCCAAGGGUACAGGGACUAUCACAUUCUCCUGGCACAGAGAGGGCAUAAUAAGAAGUUUGGGAAGAAAGACCCAGCGUUCUCUGUCAGCAGAGCUCUGGAUACCCACUGUGAAGGAAAGCGAUGCUGGGAGAUAUUACUGUGCAGCUGACAACUUUCAAGGCCCCAUCCUCAGUGAAUGGAUUACAGUCACACUGAGAAUUCCAGUGUCUCGCCCCAUCCUCACCCUCAGGGCUCCCAGGGCCCAGGCUGUGGUGGGGGAUGUGGUGGAGCUUCAUUGUGCGGCCUGGAGAGGCUCUCCUCCAAUCCUGUACCAGUUUUAUCAUGAAGAUGCCACCCUGGGGAACAGCUUGGCCCCCUCUGGAGGUGGAGCAUCCUUAAACCUCUCUCUGACUGCAGAACAUUCUGGAGCCUAUUCCUGUGAGGCUCACAAUGGCCUGGGAGCCCAACACAGUGAGAGAGUGAUUCUCAACAUCACUGUUCCAGUGUCUCGCCCUGUCCUCACUGUCAACCCUGCUGGGGCCCAGCCUGUGGUGGGAGAACUGUUGGAGCUUCACUGUGAGGCCCAAAGAGGGUCUCCCCCAAUCCUGUACUGGUUUUAUCAUGACAAUGACACACUGGGGAACAGCUUGGCCCCCUUUGGAGGAGGAGCAUCCUUCAACCUCUCUCUGAUGGCACAGCAUUCUGGGAACUACUCCUGUGGGGCCGACAAUGGCCUGGGGGUCCAAUGCAGUGAGAUGGUGACACUCAACUUUACAGGGUCUUCCAGGAACAAAAUAAUCCUUAUCACUGUGGGAGUCAUCGGGGGGCUGCUAAGUAUCCUUGGCCUUGCUGCUACUGCUGCUCUGAUGGGCAACUUCAAGACCCAAAGGAAAUCAGGAGGACUUUCUGCCACUGGAACACCUAGUUACAGUCCCAAUGAGUGUCAGGAGCCUUCCUCAUCCAGGCCCUUCAGGAUAGACCCCCAAGAGCCCACUUAUUCUGAGCCACCAGCCUUAAUGGAGCUGCAGCCAGUGUACAGCAAUGUGAAUCCUGGAGAUAGCGAACUGGUUUAUUCCCAGAUCUGGAGCAUCCAGCAUACAAAAGAAAAUUUAGCAAGUGCACCAAGGAUGCAUUGGGAGCAUAAGGGACCUACAGUCAUCUAUUCAGAGUUGAAGAAGGCACAUCCAGAUGACUCUGCAGUGCAGGCUAGCAGUAGAGGCAGCACCCAUGGAGAUGCUACAGAAAACUAUGAGAAUGUCCCAUGUGCAUCAUCAGCCUUGGACCACUAGCCCUUUACUCAGAGCGGCCCCCAGAGAACCUGCAAAGCAGCCCGUGCCAUUCUCCCUGUUUUCUCCAACCGUGCACCCUCUGCCUCCAGGACCCAGUCUCCCAGGAGGCUGGGCAGUAGGGGAUGUGAGACUGUGUGAAAUAUCUGCCAGCCUGCUCUGUCCCCAAGUCUGUGUGAUCUCUAGGAACAGAGUGGGCAGCAUUUGAGUAAAUGCUGCAUUCUUUUCACAGUAGAGAUACAUAUGAAGGCAGGUGGGCCUUUGGCACCUGGGCCUGUGGAAUAGAGGAGGAGAGGGA